CGCUUCGUGUUUUCGGUGUUGUAGAAACCAUGUGAUAUUUCGUUUUAUUUAUUUAUUAAUCGAAAAUCCAUUUUUAUUGAAUAUAUUUGAAUUUACGAAAUGAAAUUAGAUUUUUAAUAUUUAAACAAACGCUUAGAAAUAAAAUGCGGUUUAUACCUAAAUUAACGAGAAAUCAUUAUUGGAUAUAUUUUAAUUACAGUAGAAAUAAGUGUCAUUUCCGAAACUUUCACAGUUUUGCUUCUUUAUUUCCGCCUUUUAUUCCCAUUUACAAUCGUUCUUUGGAGUUCGCAAAUCGUCUUGCUGUCGUUGAUCAUUAUGGACAAUAUAAUUAUGGUGAGAUAUUUAAACAUAGUAAAGCCUUAACUGAAAAGUUGUUAAAUGUUCUUACUAAUCAAAACGAGGUUCAGAAAAGAAUAUCAUUUUUGUGUCAAAAUGAUGUUUCCUAUAUAAUUGCACAAUGGGCUUGCUGGAUGUCUGGACAUGUAGCUGUGCCAUUAAGUAAUGUUGAUCCAACGCCACGGCUACAGUAUUAUAUUGAAAAUUCAGAGACUUCAGUAAUUGUAACGACAGAAGAAUUUGUAGAAAAAUUAAAUCCAAUUUCUGAAGAUUUAUCUUUGCCAAUGUUAUUGAUGACACACCCACGAAAAUCAGGUGAUCAGUUUGAAGAAAUUCCAGAAUUGAAAAACAAUCUGAAUUAUGUUAAAAAAGAAUAUAAAAAAAUAAUGGAUAAAAAUGCAAUGAUUUUGUACACUAGUGGAACUACUGGAUCACCAAAAGGUGUUGUGCUCACUCAUAAAAAUCUACAUUGUUCUAUGAAUACUUUGAUAGAUGCAUGGGAAUGGAAAAAAACAGAUGUGAUAUUGCAUACUUUACCUCUUCAUCAUACACAUGGUAUUGUGAAUGCUUUGAUGUGCCCUUUAUAUGUUGGAGCGUGCUGCGUUAUGCUACCUAAAUUUAAUAAGACAGAGGUUUGGGAUUAUUUGCUUAAUACAUUAAAUAAAAUACCUAGGAUUAAUAUAUUCAUGGCUGUGCCAACAAUUUAUGCAAAAUUAAUUGAAGAGUUUGAUGAGCAGUUUCCCAAAAAUAAAUAUUUUUCCCAUAGUAGAGAGUAUAUAAAAGCUGUUUGUAAAAAGGAUAUAAGAGAAAUGAAAAAAGAUGUAACUAGUAUGACUAUCAUUCAAGAGAAAGCUAGAGAAAUUUUUGAAGAACUGAAGAAACAAACUCCAAAUUCAUCAGAUGAAGAGAUAGAAUUCAAAGCUACUACUGGAUGGUUUUCAAAGUUUAGAAGGAGAACUGGCAUUAAACAUGUAGUAAUUCAUGACUUUGUAGGAACACCUUUAAAGGGAGUUAAAGUUCGUAUUGUUAAGGAUAAUCCUUCUUCAAAAGUUGGCUAUGAUGUUAUUGUAGAAGGAGAUUAUAAGAAGACUAAUAUUAUUAAAAAUCCAGGUGAUGAAAUUGGAGAACUUCAAGUUAUGAGUGGAAGUGUAUUUAAAGAAUACUGGAAUAAACCAGAUGAGACAAAGAAAACGUUUACAUCUGAUGGCUGGUUUAAGACAGGUGAUACUAGUGUUUACAAGGAUGGUGCAUAUAGGAUUUUAGGACGUACAUCUGUAGACAUUAUUAAAAGUGGAGGAUACAAAAUUAGUGCUUUGGAUAUAGAAAACCAUUUAUUAACUCAUCCCAAUAUUAAAGAAUGUGCUGUUUUAGGUUUACCAGAUAUAACAUGGGGUGAGAAAGUUGCAGCUGUAUUAGUUACUGAAAAUGGUGAGGAAAUCAGUAUUUAUGACCUAAAGGAGUGGUGCAAAGAUAAACUACCUUCCUAUCUUAUACCUUCUGAGGUGCGUUGUAUGCCUGAAAUACAACGUAAUGCAAUGGGCAAAAUAAACAAAAAAGAUUUAAUAAGAAUAAUUUUUCCAAAAGUACUAAAUUAAAUACUAUAAUUUUAGUUUUCAAGUAUGUAUAGAUAUUAUAAAUGAUGAUAAUUUAAUUUUAAA